UUAUAGGAUAUAUUCUAUAUAUUUAUUUAUUGGAUAUAUUUUAUGUUAGAUAAGUAAACAAUAAGUAUAUAUUUACAUUAUAUAUUUGUUCACGUUAGAUAAGUAAACAAGAAGUAUAUUUAUUUAAAACUGUUUAAUGGAAUGUUAUAUAGAAUGUUGAUAAAGGAGUAUGAAAUAUGUGCGUUGUACGUUCGAAUUAUUCGAUUUAGAAGUUUUUAACUUCUCAGCACGCACUCUCUCUUUCUGAUUUGAUCUUUCUAAUUUUGGAGACGAAACACGAGGUAAAGGGAGAACAUUCUCUUGUUAAUCGCCUUCAUCUGUUAGGUUUCCAGGGCUUUUCCGGACACACCGUACUUUUACAAAUGUCCAGUUUGUUUUAAGCGUCACAGCAUAUUUAUAUAACAUAUAUUUUUACCGUUUUUUUACGUCACACGACGAAGACGAAGGAGCGACUCCAAUCGUUAUUAUGCCGGUCCUGCGAGUUAUCCUUUGAACGUGACAUGCGAAGAGGUUGCGUGCGUUAUGACGAUAGGCAGUUUGAUAGCUCCACAACCGCCGAGGACAAUUCGUAUUUCUCAUCUGAACUCGACCUUCUAAAUCCGAGAGUGACACGGUCUUGUCGAAGGUCGCGAGUCACGCGUCCAGCAUUAAGGAACGAGGUGAACGAUCAGUUGAAUCUCCUCGAGCCGCCAUCGAGAUCGUCACGUUGUUGUCAGCGGUCGUUCGUUGACAGAAAAAUCGCAGCAAAAUUACUUACCGAAGGGUUGGACAAGAUCGCUGCGUUGCGACGUAUCGACUCUUCCACGUUGUGUGACUGUUUGAGGAAGUAUGAGCCACAAGUGACUUUCGAAGAGAGACACUCGGGCGACGGUGGAGGAUUCGACUGUAAACUUAGUGAAAAGUUUCGGCGCCUAAUGUAUUGUGGUGACAACAGCAAAGAGAGUAGCACCCCACGGAUCGUAAGAGCGAUUCGACAGAACAGUAGAAAACGCGAUCUCAAAGUAGAUCGAUCGGCGGCAUCUGAUCAGCCGCGAGAGGACAACAGCAAAAGCAGUGUCGUCGUGCUUUAUCACGGAAGAUCCAGCACACCCACGUCGUCUACUACGAAGGUGCCUGUGCGACUUUCGAAAUCCGAUCAAACUGUAGCAGCAGUAACGUCGCAAUCGAAAACCGCGAUUUCUGCGUCACCUGACAAGACAAAAAUAGUAGAAACCCCGGAAACUCAGUCACCCAGAUAUCCCCUACCUCGGCGGAAGCUCGCCUCUCGACGGUACCGUCGUGUGUCAAAGCAGCAGCAUUCUCUGCACGUUAACAUUUAUCACGAGAAUCAAGUGGAACGGCUCGUAUCAGCGCUGCAGUAUCCCUGGAUUGUACCUGAAAGGCAAAUAGAAGAAGGCUCAAAGAAUAAAGAAUUUGGUUGCACAGCUGAGUCUUCCAGAGAUUUUAUCAAGUGUCAAGAAAAGACGCACGAGAACGCGAUCCGAAAUCGAAGAUUUCGACAGAAGUGCAUCGAAGAGAAACGAGUUUGGAAGAAAAAAUGCUCGCCAAUUGAAGCUACUGUUUCAAAACCUAUGGACCAUUGUCUAAGACAGGUGGAAACGGACGACGCAAGAGAUCUAAAGCGAAUAGUUCCUUGUUCAAACUUGAUACAACGAACGCAAACACGUCCUAAGGAAGUGAACUCUACAUUUAUUACCGUGAACGAAGGUGACGAGACGAGUCGUGUAUUUCCCUUUCGACCUACACCCAGCGGAAAUCUCAAAAUUAUCCCGAAUCAGGUGGUGUUCGAGUCGAAAAAAUUCAGCGUUUUAGUUGCCGACCCGCGACGCACGAGGAUCAACGUCAAGGCAGAGCUCAGUCGAUCUGGUGUCGAUAACGGCACGUUUAUUCCUGAUUCCACCAUCCGAACGAAAUACAUUAAUCUUCCGCCUGGUAUUACACCGUCCACGAUCGACCAACUACAGGCGCAGAAGAAGUUGCCUUACGUGGAAACCAAUUACAACUUAAAAAACUCAACUCAACUGAGUACGAAAUUUAUACCAGAAAUGGCAGAGAAGCAGCCGGCUCAAUCAACGGCUCAUCAGCUACCAUCGAUGAAUGAAGUACCACUCGCCUCACUAGGUUUUACAAACGAGCAACCAAUCAAUUGGGAAAAUAUAAUUCUCCCGGAGAAGACAGAUUUGUAUCGGGAAUUAGCUAAGCGUAUCACCAACUACAAAAAUGCCGAUUGCGUCAUCCGAAUCGACAAUGACGAGUUUUACUGUCAUCUACUCGUUCUGCAAAGUUACAGCACGUUUUUUGAUGAGAAGAAUUGCAAGGAUAUUGAUUUAUCAGAUAGCACCGUGACUUCUAAGGCCUUCUCUAUAAUUUACGACUGGAUGAUCAGUUCAAUGAACGAAAGUUACCAGUUAUUACGAAGAGAUAACAUCCUAGAAAUUUUUAUGGCCUCACAGUACCUCGGUAUCAAAGAACUAGAAGAACAAUGCUGGGCAUUCAUUGACAACGACGAACUUUUCUCCGAGGAUACUGCCUUCCUGUUGUAUCUGGAAGCGAAGAAGAUCGGAAACACCGCUGUGAUGGAGCUGAUGGUACCGAGAAUUAUGAAAUUUUUCUUAAUGCUCGUCAGCACUAAGGACUUUUUAGAAUUGUCGGUAGACGAACUGUGCUUACUGUUGAAGUCGAAUUACAUUUGCGUCAACAGCGAGAUGGAAGUCCUAAUGUCCGCCGUGAGAUGGUUGAUGCACGAUUGGAAUGAAAGAAAGCAACACAUGUUGGAAGUGCUGAAGUGUGUCCGAUUCGGACUUAUAGCUCCGUGGCAAUUAGUAGACGUCAAGAGAAAUCCCGAAAAUCCAGAAUUCAUGGAACUGAUGUCUUAUCCUGAAGUGCAAAAGAUGGUGGACGACGGAUUGGCCUUUGUCAUUAUAAAAUAUUGGUAUGGCAAUCAAACGGAAGACUACUACCACUGGAUCGACUUACUCGGGCUCAGUGAACCUACCAAUCGCAAUUGGGCCGGAGAGGACAAAAACUAUGUUACAUAUCGUGAGUUUUUGAUGUAUCUCGAGGAGUAUCAAAAGACAAAAGUUACGGAACUGAAAGUUCGGAAAACACGUACGAAACCCACACCUCCGAAUUCUCCGCCUAAGGAGUUCUCACCCUUACCGCUGGGAAGAAUACACACGGAUUGCGGCCAGAGUCAUUGCUGCGUGGAUUCGCGUCCCUUAGAACGAUAUAGCACAACACAGAGUAGAGGACCGAGGAAAUAUACGACAAAGGUCGCAACCUCAUCAGGUAUAUUGAUUCCACCUGAAAUCUUGACCGAGUGUCUCAGCAAUAUGGGCAGAAACAAUAAUAUGAGGGCGAACAAAGCGCAGUGCGAUGGAAAUAGAAACGGUAAAUCUGUCGUUCACGAGACAAGAUUUCACGGAGCAGGUGAAUCGCCACGAAAAUCUAUGGACUUCUACAAGAGACAUGCUUGCGAGAAUCAUCAGAAUUGCGAAGAUCAGCAAGGGAGAAACGUUUCAGAUGUUUAUACCCGCAAGCAGUGGGAACAGAAUGCAAUGCUUCCUAUAAAGAAACAGCAGAAAGUGACGAAGAAAUCGAGAUACUCUGAAAAUCGAGCGGAUUCGGUCAAGUCCGAAGAAGAAGCAGCUACUAUGAUACAGGCUACGUAUAGAGGAUAUAAAGUUAGAAGAAAGUUUGACGAAAUUAAGAAGUCAUCCUCUGAGGAGAAACAAAACGCUCAAAAAGUAGCAGAGUUAUUAUCUGCGACGAACAGCCGAUGCGGUUGGCUCUUUCAGAAACGUUCCACUAGACCCAGUCAGAGUGUCCAAUAGUGAAUUAAAAGUGUCGUGAAUUAUAUAUAAAACAAACGUGCAUAUCUAAAGAGUACAAAUGUUAAUCGCAAUGUGCAACAGUUAUUUAGUAAUAAAUAUAUUUUAUAAAGAAAUAUUUUUUCUCUCUUUCUCUUUGUCUCUCUCUCGUGAAUAUAUAUAUAUAUAUAUAUAUAUAUAUAUAUAUAUAUAUAUAUAUAUAU